GCCUUGCAAAACAAAAAGAAGCUGACAUUCAGAUUUCCUAAUGUGAUGGGAAUUGCAGCUCGCAACUUUUUCCUUGUUUAUCGGUGCUAGUUAGUAGCGAAAAGGUGCAUAAUUUCGUUUUUCCAAUCGCCAACCGUGAGCACCACUCUUCGCGCCAGAUCGCAUUUUAAUUCGAGACAACUGUGGCGGCCAAGGAAUUAGCCGCAAAGGGAUCAUCCUCACUGGUCCCACCAGCAGUAGAAGGUCGGGGGAAGUGUAAAGUAACGCUACUGCAUGAUGUCGAUGCCUCACGGACAGAGCUAUGAUUAUCAUCGAACCACGUUCGAUGGGGAACGAAACGAGCGCUGCGGAUGUUGCGUUCGUACGAUGAAAUGGUUUCCAGUGCUGUUUAUUGCCUCUGUGAUCGGUUGGUCAUACUACGCGUUUGUGAUACAACUUUCCUUUUUUACCGUCACCAACAUUGUUCAAAGGAUAUUGUUCCUGCUCUUCUACCAUGCCGUGCUGGUUAUGUUCCUGUGGUCGUACUACCAAACAGUAUUCACCGACAUCGGUCGGGUUCCCUCCAGGUUUCACGUUCCGCGAGCAGAGCUCGACCGAAUAGUACGUGCUACGAAUGAGGUGGAGCAGAAGGAAAUACUCGAAACGUUUGCGAAGGAACUUCCGGUGGUGACGCGAACGUUAAACGCAUCCGUGCGCUUCUGCGACAAAUGCCGCCUCAUCAAACCGGAUCGGGCACAUCACUGCAGCGUGUGCGGCGUUUGUGUCCUGAAGCUGGACCAUCACUGCCCCUGGGUUAACAAUUGCAUCAACUUCACCAACUACAAGUACUUCAUUCUAUUUCUGGGCUAUGCACUGUUAUACUGUGUGUAUGUAGCAUGCAGUACCAUCCCCUAUAUGGAGCUAUUGUGGACGGGUAAAAUUGAUGGUAGAUUUCAUAUUUUGUUCCUGUUUUUCGUCUCCGUUAUGUUUGCAAUCAGCUUGGUUAGCCUGUUCGGCUAUCACGUUUACCUGGUGCUUCUGAAUAGGACGACGUUAGAAUCAUUUCGUACACCAAUUUUCCGAUUCGGCGGUCCAGAUAAGAAUGGGUUCAGCUUGGGAAAGCUGAACAAUUUUCAGGAAGUUUUUGGAGAUGAUUGGCGGCUGUGGUUCGUUCCAGUGUAUACUAGCAUGGGCGACGGCGUAGUGUACCCAAUGCGAUGCUAUGACGAGGACGCCGAAGCAUUGCUAGGUGGCGAACAGCAUGGUAAUCGUUCUGGAACGGAAAACCUUCACGAUUUCGAAGCAGCAACGUUUUUGAAUGAAUAUGGCAAUCUAAUGAACUGAACAAUAAUAAUGCUAUGUUUUAAAACGCGUAGUUAAGCGCUUAGAGUGUGGAUCGUAACUAUUUUUUAGUUAGUUAAUUUGCUAUAGGCAUAGCACGUACCAGCAGUAGUAUGCAAAUAGGCAAAAGAUGGAUAUUAACAAUGCAAUAGACCAUAGGAAACGUCAACUUAAACACGAACAAAAUUACGAUAUUCCAGCUUUAAUAUUCAAUUGUGAUGUAAGUCAUAUCCAUCAAACAGUCUUUAAGCAAAGCAUUUAAAAAUCACCUGUAAUUCAAUCGUACCCCCAGAUGCUGACUUGAGACUAUGUUACGUGAGCCAGUAUGCAUUUAUUUAUCAAACUCAACACCAUUCCAGUGAUGCGUAAACGACGAAAUUCUUCUUGGCAGUCCGAUUUGUAUGUGUUUUUAAAUGAUACUGAUUAGUACUGUUAACACAUUCGAUAGGUAUAAUAUGACAUCGGUAGCAAAUAAAAGAGUGUUAUUUACCGUAAAGAUAAAUUGAAACAGUGACAUCGCUACGGACUGAACGCUGUUCAUACAAGGGAACUAGGAAAGCGAUAAAUCUACGACAAGGAAAAGGUUUUAGCCGCUGCUGUACCAUUAGGGUGGGCCUUGUACAAUAUAAGCAUAAAAGGGACGAAUGUUGGACUGAAGAAAAUGAAACACGGUAGAAGCUUAGAUUGUGUAAGAAAUAAAAUGUCUUUCUAUAUGAUA